AUCGAUAUCCGCAGGUUUAGGGUGGGUUUUUUCCUGUCGAGUGUUUUGCGGGCGAGCUGGGGGUGUCCUUAACUUUGCCCCGGUCCCUGCCUGGAUCGCGGGCAGCUCUGCCGCGACCGAGGGUCUGCGAGUCAAUGUUAUACCCCAGGGUCAAGGGCCGAAGGAAAACUUUGUGGGUCUGAAUGGUCUUUGGAAUAAGGUUGUUAUUGAGUGUGUUCGGUGUUGGAGGCAGAGCGUUGGAACUGGGUGAUCUUUCAGGCCCCUUCCAGCCCAAACCAUUCCGUGAUUCUUGGCUGUUCCUCACCGAGCCUUUUGAAAUGCAAAGAUGAACUUCCCACAGGGUGUUGCUUUUCUCCCUAGGCAUCUUAUAAUUAAUUACCGUAUUUCGAAAGGCAAGAAUUAGAAGCUCAAGGUUUGAGAGCCCUUUCCGAGUACAGUAACGCAGUCGUGCCUGUAAAAUCAGGGCAUUCCUGGUGGGAAAUCUGUUAAUGGGUUUGUGGUUCUGGAAACCUACAGCUAUAGUUGCGGUUGUGGAUGUCCUACAAGUGCUCGGAGUGGGGUGGAGUGACUGUUAACUAAUUGUGAGGAGCAAUUUCCUCUUAUUGAGGAGAUGAACAUCUGGAGUUAUCCUGGCAUUGUGUCAUGAAUGAUUCAGUUCUAGCAGAGAUUAGAGGAAAGGUCUGAUGCCCUCUUUAGGAUCUGAUGUGCUGAUAGUUGCUUAGGUACUAUAAAGUUACACCUCCAUUUAUAUGGGAAGUAGACUGGGAAACUGUCUGUUUUCAUAGAUUUUUCUCUAGCAGAGUUCUUGUUUUGGUGUGAAAAAGGCUUUGUUGUCGUCACUUAGCCUAUCUGAAUUAAUAACUUCAAGUUGCUUAACUUUUUUCUUCCCCCCACGUGAUUUUUCCUUCUCCUAUCCUGAAAUCUGUUAUUUUUUUAACUCCUUUCUGUUAACCUUUCAGUGAAAUACUGUAACCACCCUGUGCUUCCUCACCUCUUGAAGAAGACGAAAAGUGUGCUGAGAAAAGAAUUAAAGUUGUGGUCCCCUGUUAGAGCUGGAAAACCUGCACCUGUAAGGAUCAGGAGGCAGUGAGAGGCUCCGGGUGGCCCAAGGAGUAGCUUGUUGGUGCAUGAAUUUGGAAGGCAGCUCGAUUGGCCCAUCCACUACUCUGCAGAUCCUGUUCCGUGAUCAGAGUGAUCCGUUCUUACCCUGCGAUAGGGGUUUGGGCAUCUCUGUUGUGUAAGAACACACAGCUUGGCAUGUUCAGCUGCCUAGUUGUAAGUCCCAGGUGGGCAGAAUGAUUCUUUGCUCCAACAUGAUGCAGCUGUGUCUGUACUUGGAACCUUGUGGGAAGCCUGGGAAGUGUGAAGAGUCAGGUAUUCCUGAUGGGGACUGAUUCACUUUUAAAAGCAGGGGGUUUGCAGCAGUAACUUGUAAAGAGCUGGUAGGAAGUGGGUAUGACCUGGCAGCUGCCUUUUGGGGCUGGUGAAGACAGUUACUGUAGGAAGAUUUGCCACAUUCUUGUCUGGUUCUUUCUGUUCUUUGUGUAAACUGUUUGCAUUAUGUAAAUGAUGACAAGGUGAGCUCUCAGGUGGUGUGCAGAGCCAGCUCUGCAGCUUGUGGGCAGCUUGAGACCUCUUGAGACACAGCUGACAGGGGCAGUGCUGCAAGAAAUGGUGAUUGAAUUAGUGACUUUGAUUGGUGGUGGUGUUUCUCCCCUGUGUGCUGUGAGGCCUGCAAGGAGAAUGGAAAGACUGUUCUACUAGAGGGACAAACACAGGAAGCCGAGUCCUGGAAACCUCUGAUCAUAGUCUUAUUUCCUGUUUGCAGAAGUGCCAUGCUCUGUAUUCUGAGGAAAUCCAUGCUGAAACAAUUCAUUUUUUCACAAGUGCAUGAGUUUUCCUUGCCUGCCUGUAACAGCUCCUCUGUACUGGUGCACGUACACUGUUCACCAGCAGCCAAACACAUCUGCUGCAGAGUUUGUGCCAAGGUGAAAAAAUGCAUUGAGUUUGGAAAUGUAGUCACAUACAUGCCUGUGUGGUUUUCUGGAAAAAAAUCUGAACAUUUCCCUACAUCUCCAAGAGAUUCUUGAGCUGAAUUUUCAUGUGGAGUGUCCUGGGAUGUCACUUGGUAACCAAAGUAGAAUCUCUUUGUGCCCUUCUUGUUAACUGAUAAUUUUGUUUUCAUCCUGCUUGCAGUGCUUCAGGUGUUCCCUGCUGGCAGCUCUGUCCCCAGCAGUGACCUUUGUCAUCCAAUCUGGUGUAGUUCAAACCUGAUUCUCUUCCCGUUUCCCUGUGGUUUGCGUUGUCUGUCCAAGCAGAGCGCAAGGAUCCACUGAGGAAGCUGCUCUUGCAAUAACAACUGAAAACUUCACAGGAAGGUGCUUGGCUCAGGCAAAAUCUUGCUGGUGAUUCGGCAAAGCAAACCUGCCAGAUCUCUCAGAAGCUGGGUAACCAUGGCAGGUGACGACUGUGUGAGGAAACGCCAGUCUGGCUCCACUGCACCCUGCAAGACCCUUGAGAGUGAAGAAACACAGAGGAGACCUGAGAGCGAGAGGCUGUUUCAAAACUCAAGCAAUGGCCGUGUUGAUGUCGACCACGUGAUAACAAGGAAAAUGCAGCUAAUAGCAGAAGCUGAGCAACUGAAGCCAGCUUUCAUGAAGGAGGUGGACAGUCACUUCACAGAGUUUGUGAACAGCUUGGUGGCAAAAUCGGCGCUCCUGGAUUCCUCAUCUCCAGCCUCCCUCUUCCCAGCUUCCUGCUCAGAGAAGGAAUUGCACAAAGCCAAGAACUCGAGGGCCCCUCCAGAACAUGGGAAGAUCUUUACUGCCAGGAGGUCCCUCUUGGAUGAGCUGUUUGAAGUGAGUCACAUCAGGACAAUCUACCACAUGUUCAUCGCUCUCCUCAUCGUCUUCAUCCUCAGUACACUUCUAGUAGACUUCAUUGAUGAAGGAAGGCUGGUCCUUGGAUUUGAUCUCCUGGUCUUUGUUUUUGGAAAGUUCCCAGUUGUCUUUUGUACUUGGCUGUGCAUGUUCAGUGCCACAGUUGUCAUUCCAUACAACCUUUUUGUGUGGUGGGCCCAAGGCUACUGCAGUUCCUCCCGUCGUGGAAUCCGCUCGUUCUUCUAUGGGAUGUUGUUCACGCUCUUCCAAAUAGCUGGGCUUGGCUUUGGGCCAACCUAUGUUGCUGUAGCCUAUGCCCUGCCUCCAGCUUCCCGUUUCAUUGUCAUACUGGAGCAGGUCCGUCUUGUUAUGAAGGCUUAUUCCUUCAUCCGGGAGAAUGUGCCCAGAGUCCUGUCCUCUGUGAAGGACAAGUCCAGCACAGUACCUGUUCCCAGAAUCUCUCAGUACCUGUACUUCCUCUUUGCUCCCACCCUCAUCUACAGAGACAACUAUCCCAGGAAUCCCACGAUAAGAUGGGGCUACGUAGCCACCAAGUUUGCACAGGUGCUUGGUUCACUUUUCUAUGCCUACUACAUCUUUGUGAGACUCUGCAUUCCUCAGUUUCGCAACAGUAGCCAAGAAACCUUCAAUCUUCGAGGGCUGGUCCUGUGCAUCUUCAACUCCAUUCUGCCAGGUGUACUGAUUCUGUUCCUGGUGUUCUUUGCGUUCCUGCACUGUUGGCUCAACGCAUUUGCCGAGAUGCUGCGUUUUGCAGACAGGAUGUUCUACAAGGACUGGUGGAAUUCCACAUCCUAUGCAAACUACUACCGAACCUGGAACGUGGUAGUACAUGACUGGCUCUAUUACUAUGCCUACAGGGACUUUCUUUGGUUUUUUGGUAAGAAGUUCAGAGCAGCAGCUAUGCUGUCUGUCUUCACUGUGUCAGCUGUUGUGCAUGAGUACGUUCUGAGCAUCUGCUUUGGCUUCUUCUAUCCAGUUCUCUUUUGCCUGUUUGCAUGCUUUGGAGUGGUCUUCAACUUCACCCUCAACGACCGUCGGAAAGGGCCCAUCUGGAAUGUGAUCAUGUGGACUUCCCUCUUCCUGGGCCAAGGUGUCAUCAUCUGCCUCUACAGCCAGGAGUGGUAUGCGCGCCAGUACUGCCCCACGGAAAACCCCACAUUCCUGGACUAUUUAAAGCCACGCUCGUGGUCGUGUCACACGAAGAUGUGAAGAUGGUGUCCUCUGGCUGUGUCGUCACAGAAAAACAGAGUUGUCCUCCAAGUAUUUGGACCAAUGAUUUAACUCACUACAGACUUUUUCUAAGGGAAGUUGUGCCUCCUGAUUAUUGGGGAGAAACUGUAAUUUUUUUUAAGCGUUGCUGGAGCAAACCAGUUGACCUGGAUUUGCAACAGACUUCAUAGGCAGCAUCUAUUAUGUGCUGUCCCACUUUGAGCCAUUUCCAUGCCAGUAAAACAUUGAGCUGAAGGUGGAGACUACUGGAAUCCUACUCAUCCAGGGGUCCCCCCAAGUUGCUGCUUUUCUGGACAAGAGGCAAGCUAGUCAGAUUUGCUGGUAGCUCAUUGUUGGCAUCCGUCCACCUUCCUUAGCCGUCCCUCUGCAGGUUUUUUUUUCUCCCUUUUGGUAACGGGAUGUCUACAAACCUUCUGUUUUCUGUGUUCCUGCCUGGCACUGUGACCCAGGCAAGUGGCAGAGCAACAGGGUGUUUGCCUUCUUGCUCUGAAGAUAGCCAAAGUAUUCCUGGCUGGCUUUGAAUUGUGUUCCAUGUGCGUUGGCUGCCAACAGAUAUAAAAUGGGCAGAGGGAGAGGGGAUUGUCAUUGUGCUUGUGGCUGCUUUGCAGAGUCAGGUUUGGAAGCAGGGCAUGGUGUGUGCAGUCUUUAUAUGACUUUCUACACUGAAAAUUUGUGUUUUAUCUGCAUUCAUUUAGUUCCCAACUGUCUUACAGCAUUUUUGUUCUCUGAAGGCCCUUGUGACUCAAGGAAUAGUUUUUCUUCUUGCUCUUCCUUUCUCCUGCUCUAGAUAAUCAAUUCUUUUAACAUAAUUAACUUGUAAAAGAGAUUUUACUUCAAUUUGGCAGGUGCUUUAAGGUAUACACAGUUGUUAAGGGUAUCUUUAUUAAGAAAGACUUGAAAUACUACAAGCCAACUGUAAGAAAAUAGGAUCAACAUUACAGAUACCUGGCACAAUCUCGUUUACCACGUGCAGCUCAGCACCUUGGUGCCACUUGCCCACAUGUGUUGCAGCAGCUUCUAAUGCUGCUGGGGAAUGAGGGUCAGCUGGUGGAGGUACCUUGACUUUGGUGAAGGGGGUCACCUGACAGAGAUACCUUAACUUUGGUGUCAAAGAUUUCAGAAUUCCUCAAAUGUUCUUUAUUGGCGCUUUUUGGUGACAGUGUUUCUGUACUGACCUGCAGCUCUGGGUGUUUGACACCAGCAACUAUCGGGACAGCUGAUGGACUUGUCUCCCAAACCACUUCAGAUGCUCCUUUGGGCUUCUGUUUUCAUUGAGUCCACCUGAGUCAGAAGGAAUUUCAUGGGAGAAAUUAAACUCUUCCAGGUGUUCAGUCUUCA